CCGUGUACAGGCGAAAGGCGGGUCCGGUGGCAAAUCGCCGAGCGGUGCCAGUCUAAGGGAUGGGUGCCGCAGCCAAUCAGAGGGGUGGCCGUGGCAGCUUAUGAGAUCAGCGGAAUGGGUCAAACUGUUGGUGUACACGGGCGUGGUGCACACGGAGCCGCAGCCGCCGGGUACACGGGAAGCGGAGGCAGGACCGAUUGGAUGAUAGACCUGACCUCAUCGGACGGAGCCUGAGGACCCUGUGGGUGAACAGAAGCCACCCCCCACCCCUCUAUGCCCCAACCUCCCUCCCUGGCGACAAUGUCUUUCAGUGCCACCAUCCUCCUCACAUCCCCUGGUCAGGGGCAGGCAGGGCCAGGAGCAAGGGGAGGGGGGACAGAGGGGACCCCUGCCACGGUUGACCUCCUCCACCUCAUCUACCAGCGGCUCCAGUCACUCUCCGCCACAGCCCAGGAGGCAUUAGCAGUGGCCCGUGACAACCGGCAGCUCCUGAGGGGGCUGGAGAGGGAGGUGAGGUUCCUCUCAGGGUGGGCGACUGGCCAACAGCGGCUUGCUACCUCCCCACCACAGGGCCUCUCCCCCGACGUCGAGCAGGAACAGCCUGUGAUACAGGACCCCACUGGGCAGGAGCAGCCAAAAGUGGAAAAUGAGGUGUGUGAGCACUGGGGCCCGGGGCCUUGCAGGGUGGUGAGGGUCUCUCCCUCGCCCUCGCCCCCGCCCCCCGUCCCAGUCGGUCUGUGCCCCCCUGCCCUGGGGCCGGAAGGCCAGAAGGAGCCGGACGUGGGUCCAGCCUCGGAGGAUGCGAGUGGGCCUGCCUUACUGCUGACAGCUGGGGGUCUAGGGAGCUCCCGCCCCAUGGGCUCCGAGCCUGGCCCCGGCGCGGCGACGCGGCGCAAUGGAGCGAGGAGCAGCCGGCGCAAACGUGACGUGGUGCUGUCGAAGAUGGUUCACAGUGUCCACAACCACGUGUCCAAUGACAGGAGGUUCAACGGGGCAGAGAGCAUCAAGUCGGCCUGGAACAUGGGGGUGGUGAAGUUCCUGCUGGAGAGGUUGAAACGGCAGCUGUCGGCCAGCUCCCACCCCCACCCCUACACUGACAAGGAGCUGAAAGGAGCCUGCGUCGCCUACUUCCUCACCAAGAGACGAGAGUACCGCAACGCCAUGAACCCCCACAGAAGCCUGAAGGAGCGCGAGGAGAAGAAGCUGCGGAGCCGCAGGUACCGGCUCUUCGCCUCUCGGGCGGCCAUGGUGCGCCUGUUCAGCCUGGAGGACCAACGGCUGUGGGAGGGGGCCAGCGAGGAGCUGAUGUCGGAUGAGGAGGACAGCCCGCUGGAGCCGGGCGUCUGGGUCGCCCGCAGCCCCCGCUUCCGCUCGCCCCAGCUCACCGACCUCUGCCGGCGGCUGGACGCUAGCUCCCGGCACGGCCUGCGCCCCAACCGAUUGGUGGGACCCCCCUCCGACCGCCUGCCCUCCCUGCCCCUUCCUUUGAACUUCCCGCUGCCGCUGCCCUCCCAGGCCGAAGGGGGGCCGCCCUGCGUCCAGGUGAAGCUGGAGGGGGACGAGUGAAUGCCGAGCCGCUGAGGCUGACGGGACUGCCGCGGGGAGGUGGGGGGCCAUCUCUCCCGAGGCUCUGGUGAUGAAGCCAAGACGUGGAAUGUGUAGUGAGGGAAGUGUGUCACGGAAACGGGGAGAAGCCCUUGGAACAGGAGGGAGGGAGGGAUCAUGGAAUCGGGGAUGAGGGUGGGGAAGGGUGCAGGGGUGCGGGGUGGGUCUGAUAUAGAAUGCAUUGUGUGGGUUGGAGGCUUACUCACAGCUCCCGCCUAAACCUCUGGCCGCCUCCUUUCUGUAACUGACGUGCUCCCGCGUGUAUAGCCUUUGUUGCGCGUAACUGGAAUCUUCUUUUGUAUAAUGUUAAUAUAAUUUUGAAAUUAUGCUAAUAUAAUUUUGAAAUCUAUGUUAGUACUGAAUAAUUGUGAAGUACUCUGUAAUUGUGCUAAUGAAUAUACAGGUAUCCCCCGCUUUUCGAAAGUUUGCUUUAUGCCACUUAGCUUUUACGAAAGACUACGUUAGUAUCUGUUUUCGCUAACCAAAGGAAAUCCCAAGAGGAUUUUCACUUUUACGAAAUAAGGCAAAAAGCGAAAAUAGCGUUCAGCGUUUGUUUUGCGGUGAGCCGUCACUGUAUAGAAGCAGCGAGAGUGGCGCUGCCAAGCUCCUUCCCUGGGAACUACACCCAGCACCAAGCCGUCAUAGCUUCGAACCGUAUCUGUGAGCAUCUGUGCUUUACCACGAUUUAUCUUGUGCAUCCGUUAGCAAGAUGUGUCCUGAGGUAUCAGAAAAGCCUAAGAGAGCUCGUAAGGGUGUUACGCUUAGUGUAAAACUGGACAUAAUUAAGCGUUUCGAUCGUGGUGAACGAAGUAAAGACAUUGUGCGUGCAUUGAACUUGCCUGCGUCCACCAUUCGCACUAUUUACACGCAGAGAGAAAGAAUUUUGAAAGCCGCCGAGGUUACUGUUGGUUCUGCUCGUAGCAAAGUGGUCUCUCUUAGUCGGCAUCCAGUAAUGGAUAAAAUGGAAAGUCUAUUGCUUGAGUGGAUUGAUGCGUGGCGUGCUGGCCGAUGGUGAUGAAAGUGUUGCGAAAGUGGAAUUUAAAGGUAGUCACGGGUGGUUUGAUCGGUUUCUGAGGCGAGGGCAGCUUCAUAGUUUAACAUUUACCGGAGAGAGUGCUUCGGCUGAUACUGAAGCUGCUGAAAGGUUCCCAGCAGAACUGAAGAAAAUAAUUACAGAAGGUAGUUAUUCGUAUAAGCAAGUGUUUAACUGAUGAAACUGCAAUUUAUUGGAAAAAAUUGCCGAGCAAGACAUUUAUUUUGAUAGAAGAAAAGCAGGCUAAGGGACACAAGGCAGUGAAGGACAGGUUCACCCCAAUGCCUAUUAUUAACGCCACUGGUGAUGCUGUCCUUAAGCCUCUACUAGUGUACCGUUCAGAAAAUCUGAAGGCACUUAAAGGCGUUGAUAAGAAAACACUUCCCUUUGUGUUCCGUUCACAUCCAAGAGGUUGGAAUACACAAGUGAUUUUUUUUCUGAGUACAUAAGUAGAUAGGUUAGUCCUUUUGUUGAAAAAUACUGUAGAGAAAAUAACCUCGAUAAUAGGUGUCUUGUGAUUGUGGAUAAUUGUGCUGCUGAUCCGCCUGGCAUUACCGAGUAUGGCGAUAACAUUCAUGUUGCGUUCUUACCGCCGAAUACGACAUCGUUGCUGCAGCCGUGUGACCAAGGCCUAAUAGCCACAAUUAAGGCUUAUUAUACGCAAAAUGUGAUGCGCUUUAUUAUAAGUACCAUUGACAGAGAGGGCGACUCCGAAGCAUCUUUGUGAGAGAUCUGGAAAGAAUACAAUAUAAAACUGGCAAUCGCCAACAGUGGAGAUGCUCUCGAUAGGCUAACAGUCUCAAUGAGAAAUGGCGUUUGGAGGAAACUGUGUCCCAAAGCAGUGAACGAGUUUAAAGGCUUCAAACCAUCAACAAUAAAUAUGGCAAUAGAGACUUUGGCUAAGGAGGCUGGGUUUGUGGAAGUUGACGAAGAUGAUGUUGGAGGUUUUGGCAUCCCAAGACCUGACAGAUGAAGAGCUGAUGCAAUUGCAAGAGGAAAGGAUACGAAUCAAAACAGAAUGAAAUAGCAAAAGUGAAGUCGUCCAGGAACUGAACGUGAAGCAUCUGUGUGAGAUUUUCGCUACAAUUGACAACAAUGACUUUAAUUUUGAAAGGGUACGUAGGUUUAGGGUGUAUUUGCAGGAUGGUUUGAGUGCUUACAAAGAACUGUAUGAUAGAAAAAUGCGUGAGGCUAAGCAGUCAAGCAUACUGUCGUUUUUCAAGCCUUCCACAUCAGCCACAGCAGAUGAUGAACCCGGACCUUCGACAUCGAGGCAGGCAGACAUAGAAGAAGGUGUAGGCAUUAGUGACCCGCCUGCCCUGAUGGAUUCAGACGACGAUGAGAUGACACCCCAGUGUCCUGUACCUCCCACCACCCCAACCUCCGACGACUUAGCCUAACACACCAUCAUCAGUGUGCUGGCUGACUUCCCCAUUCCAGUAAGUGAAACUACACUGUACAUACAUUAUUUAUACUUUAUAUAGGCUGUGUAUUUAUCAUAUCAUUCCUGCUUUUACUAUAUGUUCGUGCUAUUUUAGGUUUUAUGUGUCAUUUGGUAGGUUAUUUUUUUGGGUCUGGGAACACUCAAAAAUUUUUCCCAUGUAAAAUAAUGGUAAUUGCUUCUUUGCUUUACGCCAUUUUGGCUUACGAGAGGUUUCAUAGGGACGCUCUACUUUCAGAUAGCGGGGGCUAUCUGUAAUCCAUAAUUUUUCUAAAUUAUAAAUGUACCCUGGUCUUCAUUUUGAAAAGUUUUAGAGCUUUGGAGAUUUACAUUGUCAGCGUGGCAAGUUACAACACUUACAAAUUGUAAUGAUAAACUCGGAAUGGGAGUCGGCAGCCCAUUGCUAAUAAAACUGCCGGCCCGCUGAACACCGACACCAUCUAGUCAAAACAUUUUACUUUUGCCAUUGUGCCUGUCAGUUGGUUUGACUGCCUGACAUCGUUUACUUGUGUUGUGAGUUGUGGUUUAAUGUGGAAAAAAAAUCCGUAUUCUAAUUUUUUUUUGAUAAGCAAUACUGAUAAGUAAUUUUAAAUAAAAAUUGUUAGAGCAAAAUAAAAUUUAAAAGUGCCACACAA